AUGAACAAGCCUGUCGGGAGCAUCACUUACACAUCGAUGGUUACGCCGAGCGGCGGCAUCAAGUGCGACCUGACGGUUACGCGGCUGGACGAAGACCGCUUCAUGGUAGUAACGGGCGGCGCGAUGGGACUGCACGACCUGGCGUGGAUAGAGGCGCAUCUGCCUGCGGACGGCUCGGCGAGAGUCGAUGAUGUGUCGGCAGCGCUGUGCUGUAUCGGCUUGUGGGACCCAGUGCGCGAGACCUGUUGA